CUUAUGACAUCGAGUAAGAGUUGUCAUUUACCAAUUACUUUGCUUCACAAAUCAACAACACCUAUUUAUGGGUUUUCAAACUCUCUUUAGGUUCAAUAAUGGUGGAUUCGAUUUCUCCACUACAAUCUACAAGCACUAACUCAUAGUGUGAAGCAAGGAAUUGUACAACAACUAAGAAGGGGGAGGAGGAGAAGAAACAAAGGAGGGAAUUAGUGGGUCCUUAGGCUUUUUAGUCAAUGGGCUUUAUAGAGGCCCACAACAGAAGGGUUCAAGGACUAAAGCCCAAGGAGCCACGUCAGAAACCCAUCAAAUAAACGAGGGAAAGGACUUUUCACUUCAAUUGCGAGAGCUACAUUCAAAUUCAAAAGCAUCAAGUACAAAUAAAUCAGAAAUGUAGUCUUCUUGGAGAGUGCGGACUGUCAUUCUUUGUAUUAUGAGUGCCCAUGACAGAUUUUCAAGUUGUGCUUUUAUGGAGGGUGUUGGAGAUGAUGGUGCAUCAGCGGCUGCAGCUUUGAACAUUAAACCUGCAGAGAGCUUCCAGUAUUACUUAGAUAAAACCACUCCCCAUGUAUUCUAUAGGUGGAUUGGAACCACUGUUUUGGCACUCCUUUAUGCUCUUCGGAUUUAUUCUGUUCAAGGAUUCUACUUUGUUACAUAUUGUUUGGGCUUUUACAUAGUCAAUUUGCUGGUUGGUUUCCUGUCGCCUCUUGUUGAUCCUCAAAUGGAACCUUCUGAUGGACCUAUGUUGCCUACUAAAGCUUCAGAUGAGUUCAAGCCUUUCAUUAGUCGCCUUACGGAGUUCAAGUUCUGGUAUGCCAUAACAAAGGCUCUCUGUAUCGCAUUUAUCAUAACUUUCUUCUCCCUAUUCGAUGUUCCUACGUACUGGCCUUUCUUGUUGUUCAUCUGGAUUCUCCAUUUUGUCGGUACCAUGGAUUCCCUAAUUAGACAAAUGAUCAGAUACAAAUACAUCCCAUUCAACCUUGGGAAGCAGAAAUUACUCUGGAAAAAGGCCAGGACAGCAGUACCAAGGACAUAAGUGAUGCUGAUUUUUGGUUAAGACCAAAUGGAGGAAAGAGAUAAAGUGGGAAAAAAAGGAGAUGGAAUUGCUACAUAGGUCUAAGUUCAUGGGUUUUGCACUUGUAUAUAUAUAUAUAGACAUCGAAUUACCGAAAUCUAAGGAGAUGGAUCUGUUGUGUAUUACUUUGUCCUUCUAAUUUAGAGAUGGCAAAUUAUUUGUAACUAGUUUUCACCCUCCGAGCUUGGCGCAGGGUCCGUUAGAUACGACAAUACAAUUAUGUAGGUAUUUGACCCAUCUUGACAUAUGCUUAGCGCGGGGUCUGUUGAUACGACAGUAAACUAAUGGUCUGAACUUUACUGUUAAUGGUACAGUUAACAUAAA